AUGGACACUUCAGCAGAGGAUAGAGCCGAACGAGGACGAGCACCACAUGUCGCUCAAUUGUCAACAGCAUCAGAAACCAAAAUAGCGACUGAAGACGAGAUCAGGGAACUGGAACAUGUUGCGGCCAAGCUGCCAGCACGGGUUUGGCUUGCUGCAACGAUUGGAAUGGCGGAGCGGUUUGAGUACUACGGCACACCGACUCUCUUUCAGAUGAGGAGCAACGUUGCUCCCAUAGGUUUCAUUUUGGGAAGUAUUCUGAUUGCAGUGGGACUUGGAGGUGUUCAAGCUUCAGCGCAGCCUUUUAUCGAGCAAACCUGGCGGAUAAGGGUUGCAAAGAACGGCAAGCAAGUAGUCGAAAUUCCCGAAGUGACUAUCCAGUAUAUUUACAAUGUGUAUUAUUGGAUGGUCAAUGUCGGUUCAUUGGGAAGCAUUGCCACUACAUUGAUGGAGAGGUACAUCGGCUUCUGGUCUGCAUAUCUGCUGGAUCUAUGUGCGGUGAUGAUUGCAGUUGUGGUUGUCCAUCUGGCAAAACCAAAGUUUGAGUAUCAGUUGGAGAACCACCACGGAGUGGUACCAUGGGAUAAGGAAUUCAUUUCGGAGCUUCGGGGUGCUCUGUCUGCAUUCAAAAUAUGCAUUGGAUGGCCCAUUUUCUGGGUAUGCAUGGGACAGGGCGCUCAAGUCUCAAUCUCACAAGCCGGACAGAUGGAAACCCACGGGAUUCCUAAUGACCUGAUCUAG